GGGGCAUCCGGUUGGCCACUGCGAGAGCAGGAUGACUGACUAGUUCGUGCCCUUUGGCCUGAUGCAGGAGGCUCAUCCUCUUUUAUUAGAUCAUAAGGUAAGUUUGGGGAAGCAGUUUGUUGAAGGGCAGUCAGGGGAGUUGAUUGAUUGUUGCAAACCUCUGCUAUCCUUUCCGCGCUGUUUAUGCAUGGGUCCAGGUCACUCCACCCCACGAGAAGCUCCCGACUGAUUCUGGCGUGAAUCUCUUCGCCUUCUCUCUUCGGGAGAGCGCCCUUUUGCACAGAACAGACGGAACCAUUCCGUCGCGGAACGAGUUUCUGGCCGGAUACUUUAUGCGUGGCGCUCCCCUUUUCUCCCGCUUCUCCCGUCAUGGAGGCAACGGGGUUGUUCACCCUGCUGUUUCCUCUGCCUUUGCUAUGGCUGCUUUCUUGCUGGUGGCUGAGGCGGCAACGCGGAGCGAGGUGGCGGCUGGGGAGCGACCGGAGGCUUUUCGCCAACGGACCGGCGACGCGCGCCCUGUUCGUGACGGCGCACCCUGAUGACGAAGCAAUGUUCUUCGCCCCCACCAUCCUCAGCUUGGCUCAAGCCAGGCUGUGGCUGCUCUGCGGGUCCACAGGGAAUUACUACAGCCAAGGGGAUGUCCGGAAGAAGGAACUCCUGGACAGCUGUUUGGUUCUAGGGAUCCCGCCUUCCAAUGUGACCAUCAUUGACCACAGCGAUCUUCCAGACCACCCAUCUGUCAAGUGGGACACUCAGCUGCUCUCCGCUCUGAUCCUUAAGCAUGUGAAGACCAACCAGAUCAACCUGGUAGUGACCUUUGACGCGAGAGGAGUGAGCGGUCACCUGAACCACAAAUCCCUUUACACCGCUGUCAGGCACCUGCAUUCCGAGAAGAAGUUUCCAGAAGGUUGCCAAGUCCUCACCCUGGAGACGGUGAACCUUUUCCGCAAGUAUAUCUCCAUCCUCGAUGCCCCCAUCAGUUACCUCCGGAGCCCAGAUGUCCUGGUUGUAUUGGCAAGAAAGGAUGCAGACUUAGCCAAGAGAGCCAUGCAGUGCCACCGCAGCCAGCUCCUCUGGUUCCGACGCCUCUACCUGUUCUUCUCGCGCUACGUGGUGAUCAACUCACUUCGCAGCCUCUGACAGGGAAGGGCCGUUGCUUGGGAGGCUGGCAGGAGCAAGAGAGGCUGGAGGAGGGAGGUCCUCCUUAAAACUCUCACUGAGUGCACAAGGUCUUUCCAUCCCACUGACGCAGUCUGGUUGAGAUGACAGAUGUCCGAGAAACUAAGCGCUGAUCUGUGCCUGUUUCUGUGAAGGCGAGCAAGACGGAACUUUACAAGGCGACAUAGAUUAUACGAGAGAUGGGCGCCAAAGGAGAGGAUUUAUCCUGGAAGGACUUCACUUUGCAAAUGUUUAAAGUGUGCCAUCUUUUUUCAAAAGUCUCUUUUUAUCAUUCCACUUACGCACCACUUCCUGUAAAAGCACCUCAAAGUGAUUUAACAAUAAAUGGACACAGUUGCUGAAAAGUGCGGCCUCCCCCAGGCAAGUAAGUAAAGUCCCAAGCGGCGUGCGUGGAAGACUCAGCCCAAACCUCUCUUUGCCUUGAUCUUUGGUGGAUGGGCCUUGGGUCAGUCACCCAUCCUCAGCCGGACGUACCUUACAGGCUCACCUGGGGAUGAAGUGGAAGCACCUUUUUGAGCAAGGAUGGGAUAUGUAGUGCUUUCUAGAUGUCUUUGGACUCCCAGCUCCCAUCAUCCCCAACACCUGAGGCCAAGCAACAGCCCUGUGGAGGUCUGAAGGUUCCCCAAAAUGUGUUUUUAGAGCCGGGUGUGGUAUAAUGCGGUCUAGGACCCUCGUACCUACGGGACCACCUCUCCUGCUUUGCCCCGCGGAGGACCUUAAGGUCCACAAAUGACAACACCUUG